CAUAAAUCAGCAAAUGACGUUGUUGUCGUAAUGCUUUCGCACCUGCGGUAUUAUAAAUUUAAUAAAUUAAAAAAUUAUGGCUGAAAUUCUUAAAGAAUGGCUCACGGAGAGAUUGCGAAGGCCUAUCAAAUGGGAAGCAGAGGAGUUUGGCGAGCUUAUGAUGAAUGGACAUAUAAUUGCAUGUGUUUUGCUUAGCUAUAAUGUCAUAAACGAAGAAAAACAUUUUUUAAUUAGAUCAAGUAACGCCCCUGAAGAUGUUAAUGACAAUUGGAAAUACUUGAUAGAAUGGCUAAGAGAAGUUGAAGUUUACGUUAGUGAUUCUGACUUGGCAGGCAUUAAAGAAGGUAAAGGCACUGCGUUAUUACGACUUUUUUACCAAUUAUUUCUUCAUUUAGAUAAGAGAGACCGUACAAACUUUAUUAAACGCGAAAGAAAGAUGGUCUCUACUCUCGUCGAUAAGAUGAAAAGUAGAUUUACUGUACAAAAAAUACCCGAAGAAGAGACAUCAUUCGUCGACAAUCUUUCCAAACCAUUACUUGAUGAAGGACAGUAUAUUGAAUGGCAAAAGAAGAAAAAUGAGCAAGUAAAAGCUACUUAUGAUUAUAUUCGUCAAAAAUAUUCUAAAAUGGUAUCUCAAUUGGAUGAAUCUAAAACCCCAUUGGUUCAUGUGAAACAAAAACAACAGCAAGUGCCUGAUACUACGAAAAAUGAAAUGGAAAAGUUUGCAUUGCAAUACCCCUGCAAAUUCAAAAAUUAUACGUAUGAAGAACUCAUUGAAAUGGAAGAAAAGUCUGCGCAAAGGAGACAAUCAAUGACAGGUUCUGAUUGGGUAAAAGAAUAUAUGGAUAAUUUAUACUCUAGAAUGAGCAGAAAGACAGAUACCAAAGAAUUUCAAACACAAAUUCGAAAUGUGCUUAGUGCUUCUUUAUGGGAUCUUUCAGUGGCUGAAGAAGAGGCUAAGUUAGAUAAAGAAUUGGCUAAAAAAGUUAUGAAACUUUCUCAAUUCGAAAAGCAAAUGUGCACAAAACUGAUGGAAACAAAGCAACAGGCACGAAAUUUAGUAAACAAUAGAGCCCAAGCCGAAAGAGAAUUUUCUGAACAGAGGGAGCAACAAUUUCAUCAAUUUUUAGAUAAUGUCAAGGAGCAAAUACAUUUAGAAGUUGCAGAAAUAAAUUUUGAAAAACAGAGACAGAAUAUGUUACAUCAGAAAUUAUAUGCAGAGAAAAUAAAAAGAAAACGCCAACACUAUUACGAUAUAUGUUAUGAAACAAUGCUGUCUAUUGUAGACUAUGCAAGUAAAUAUGCCUAUUUUUCGAAACUAAUUGGCGAUGAAAUUCCUAGCCAUUACAUCCACCAAUGGAAGUCUUUAUAUUUUAAACAGCAGCCUAUCUUUGAUAUUCUUGAUCCAAUUGAGGACUUAUUAGAAGAGCCUGGUUCAGAUGAAAAAAUAUUGCCGGAAGUAGAAGAAAUCAAAAGAUUAGAGUUGGAGCGCCAAGAAGCUUUAAACGAUAGCGAGUUCGUAGAGUACCAUAAUUACUCGUCCCCGUGGACUUUAGACAUACUAAUACCAAAUUACGAUUCUGAAUCAGAAGAGAGGAAAUAUGAAUAUCUUGGAACUAGAAUAUUGGGGCAUCUGGUAUAUACUUUACUUGAUAUAAAAUAUCCAUAUCCACCUCUUCGGCCUCCAGCAGCAUUGCCUGACUAUUCAGCUAAAGCUCUCUUACGUGGACUUCCUGAUAGGUCCAUUACUGUUGCAAUGCAAACUUUGCUUAAAUUACAAAAAAUAUUCGUUCUUCGACUAGAAUCGGCUAUCAAUUAUUGUUUAAAACAAUUUAAAACAGAAAUGAUUGGUUGUACAGACAUCGAGCUUUCUUUUGAUAAAUUUAUAAUCGCAGCUAAUCAAGAUCCAGACAAGGAGCUUAUUAGAUUAAUGAAAAUUGACGAUGAAAUUGAAACUAAAUCCAGUGAGCUUUAUGGCCCCGCGAUAUUUGGACCUUUGCCACCAAAUACGAAACAAACACAAACUCCAAAAACAAUUCCAGAAGAAGAGAUUGUUCUUUCUCCAGCUGCAGAACUUGGUAAAUAUACUUAUGAAACACUUAACUUUGGCGAGUCUUUAACAGACUAUUUAUUAGCAGCUAUGGUUGUUGAAUAUCUUAAGGACCAGAACGACAUCAAAGGUUUUGUAAUUGUUAACUACCCUAAUUCUUAUAGAGAAGCUCAAAUUUUAGAAGAAGCCUUUUCUGGCCGCAUUCCUCCAGAUGAAAGAGAACUAGAUGACCGAGAUGAUAUUUAUUUGGAACAGAGUAUUAUAAAACAUAGAAAAAAGGAAAAAGAUCAAUACAAGGAACUGAGAGUUUCUAAAUUAGUCAAUGAUCCACACAAAAAGCGAAUAGAAAAACAAUUUGAAAGUUAUUUUACCUGUUAUAUAAAGCUAAUUGAAACUCAUGAUAUUCUUCAAGAACCAGUACUUUGGGAUUUAACAGAAGAAAAUUCGGAUUUUAUUGAUAGAUUUUACUCCGUUCUAGGAAUAAAUUAUAGCAUGUAUUAUGAACUAAUAGAAAAAGAUUUCUUAGCUCAAAUAUGUAAAUAUAUAAUAGGAGAUUUCGUAGUACCUUUAAAGUCCUAUGAUUUAUUAUUUGGAGAAAAUGUAUUAAGCCUUCUCGAUUUUCCCAGUUCAGAUGAUAAAAGAAUGAAAUCAAAAAUAGUUAAACCUGAAACAUCCAAUAAUAAAUCAAAAGAAAAACUACGUCAAUCGUCUAAAAUAAGCAAAUCAUCAAAUUCUAAAAAUGAGUUAGAAGUUGUAAAAGCUCCGGAUUCUAUUGACGGAGAGACUGAUGAGAAUACGAUGAAGUCUGGCGAAAUAAUCGGAGAAGCUGUCAGCAAAACGUUUUUGAGUUCUGAAGAUAUAAAAUUAUUGCCUGGUGAGGAAGAUUGGAACUAUGGAGAAAUUCCAAUAGCAAUAACAAUUGGAGUAGCAUUGGCAACUUGUUGGGAAGAAACAGAAAAAACAUACAUUAAUGAUAUGAAACAACUUUUCUUUGCUAAGCGUUUGCAAAUGAAUUGCUUGAUACCUUAUGGUACAUUUAUAAAAGACAAGAUGGAUCAGAUUAUUACUUUACCUUCCUAUAAACAAGACAUAGUUAGUCGAUUUCAAAAACAGUACAAUGACUUCGAAUCUGAUUGGCGACAUAUUAAUCUCACAAAAAAUGAGUGGCACUGCAGAGUUAAAGAAUUACAAAGCAACUUGUACAAUAUAUGCGAUGAAAGAAAACUAUUUGCUGAACAGCAAAGAUUUGCGCUUAUUUGUGAAAACUGGGCAAUGGAAGAGUUGACUUGUAUGGUUAAUACAUAUGUUUCAUGCAUGCAAGUUGAACUAAACAGAUCUAUACUGACGUACCAAGCACUGCAUGACUUUUACUUUGCAAUGAUCAAGCACAUGCCGCCAAACGAUAGGCUUUCUUCCAAAGAAUUGACUAAAAUAUACAAAGAAUCAGAGGAAACCUCUGGAAGUCGUAAAAGUGGUGAAGAUAAAGUUUACAGGCAACUGAAAAAUAUUUUUCAAGAUUUACAAUUAAAAAACGUUCAAAUUGAUUACAGUAAUAAUCCAUUUAAUAUGAUAAUAGAGAAUAACGUUAAAUUCGCUAUAAAAGUAAUAAAAGAUACAAAUGAUUCAUAUCGAUCACUUAUCAGUCGCGAGUACAGUGAAAUAGCAAAAAUUGCACCACCGAUAAAAAAAAGGGAUGAAACAACAUCUGAGGAGUCCAUUAAUAUAGAAGAAAUAUUUAAACUAAAUGCUUUGAAAUGCAUAGAUGAGUGGAUAAUGGGAAUUAAUGGUGAAAUGUACAGAGCGUGUUUGCGAAUGCAAGCACUUCAGUAUAUGUGCUAUCGUGAGAUGAAAUUAUUUAAUGAUCAUAUUUAUAAGACGUUUACCGAAGUACAAAAUAACAUAGACUCUUAUUAUAUGAAUGAAAUCAAAGCGGUUGAUAGGUUAUGUAAAUAUCUGCAAAUGGCUAUAGAAGAUGGUAGAAAAAUCCCUGAAAGUUUAGUACUUGAACACGACGCUUUCGUAAUUGAUCCAAAUCUUAUUCAAUUUGCACCGUCUGCCCGAAAUCUUGGCCUAGAAGAACUAAAAGAAAUGGAUAUAGAUACCGAAUUUAAAAUAAGUCAACUGGCAAGAUUAAGAUCUUCGUUCAAAAUUAUUGCUCCAACUGGUAUAGCUUUACAACAAGCUUUUAUUUACAUGCUCCAAGACUUCAUAUGUUUUGGCAAAGAAUCGUGUAACGGUCCACUUGUCCCUGAAAUAUGGAAACGGGUUGAUGUAGAGCAAAUCCCCAAACUCGUAUAUCUAUUAUUCGGUGAAAACGUUCAUGUCGAUUGGAGAGAUUUUCUCAUUUACUGUUUAAACAUUCGCUUUCCAAAUGUAGAUGAAUUGCUGCAUAUUCGUAAAAGGUACAGAUGCAUUGAUAUAGAUUCCUCUGAAGUUAUUUCCAGAGAUAAUUUUGUUAAUGAAGAGCUCUGGUACGAAAAAGAAUUUCAUAAAGAAGAUAGGUAUAUGCAACUUAGAAAAAAUUUAAUCAAGCAUUUCAUAUUUGAAUUGUAUGAAACGAACGAAAAUCAGAUGAAUUAUCCUGCAUUUCUCUUAGCUUUUUGUAAGAAUGCAGAUCCAAUAGAAGGAUUUGUGACUGCAUUAUCAAUGGUAGUAGGUAAAAAGACAUGUCAUAGUCUUGAAGAGUGUGAAGAAGUCAUUUGUAAAUUCAUUAAAGAAAAAAAGUAUAGAGAUGAUUGUUUAGCCUGUGCUCUUAAAUGCACUAAUCAAUUUUUAGACAAGUUGAUUAACGCUGUAAUUGACAUAUGCGAAGCGACUUCGGUUAUUGAAUUGGAAUAUUCUGAGCCACCACCUGAUGCUGACAAAAAGGGUAAAAAAGGUAAAGGAGGCAUAAAAGCUAAGAAGCUGGAUAGUUCUCAAAGUGCCCGUGUGCCAAAAGCACAGAAGAGUAUUAUUGCAAGCCGUAGUAAGGUGGCGCAAUCUGAAACAGAUGUUAAAGCAACGUACAUAUGCCGCCCAUGCGAGAAUGAAGUGGAGCCAUUGGAUGAAAAAUCUCCGAAAAUCGAACACGUUGAAGAAGAACAGAAGAGUGUGGCGCAAGAAGAUAUAAAUUUAGCUUACUCUGUGUCUCAAGACGCUAUAUGGAAAGUAUUAAAAACUUGUUUACCUUGGCAUUUCGUACUACUUCCCGAAGAAAAGGUGACACCUUACACAGAACAAGUAAACAGUGUUUUGAAGCGUUUGGAAGCAGAUACAGAUAACGGAGAUAUUUAUGUUUGUAAAUUUGUAUCUGAUCCAACCAUAUGUAAAAUUUUGCAUAAAGUAAAGAAGUUUACGGCUAUAAACAUUACAGAAGAAGUGAGAAAAAUAUUCUUGUAAACGUGAAGUAUCAUUAAUUUUGUGUUGUUUUUAUUAUUCAUUAAAUAAAAAUUUUCCUUUGUUUAUUG